AUGUCCAAUAACAUUGAACUUGACAACUUAUCGACCAAUCCUUCAUUAUCCGACUUACAACUUGCGUUGAACUCCUUGCGAGAGCAACAUCAACAAUUAGGUGAUCUAAUCAGCUCUCAAAAUCAAAGCGAUUCAGGUGUUGAGUAUGAGACGAGACAGGCUACGAGAUUAUCGUACGCUGCUAUCGGAAGACAAAUCACUCAAGUCAGAACUCAAAUUAAUUCGCAAAAUGCGACUUCGUCCUCAAGCCGAAGUUGA